AUGGCCACGAUGAACACCACACCUUUACUCAACACGCGUGCCCCCGCUUUCAACGCCAUUGCUUCUCGGGUGCAAGGCGCGGAUGCGGACGAUGAGGACAUUCUCGAGCGGGAUCAAGAGACGGACGAUGAGGCGAGCGGCGACGAGGUCAUCGGCGAAUUCGAUGAAAGCCACGUUGGAGACAUGAGCGACGACCACGGCUCAUCAACACCAAGCGUCAACACCCCAGUAGUAUCCUUAGACUCGGACGACACAGCGUUCGUACAGGACAUACUGGAUUUGGAAGACUUGCCCGCCUUUGGCGACGAUCUGGACACCGCCAAAUGGACAAAGCUCGCACUCUGGCAAGAAGGUGGAUACGAGGGCAUGCUGAAAGUACUUCUGAAGGAUGAGAUCGCGGCUCAUUGUCACGACUCUGCUACAGCAUCAAACACGGAUGAGCAGUGCAUCCUCAGUCCGGCGCGCAUGAUGGUCGCUUCUAUGGAUAAGGAUGUUCUCAAGGUCGUGAUACGCGGUAAUCUGGCUGUCCAAGCGAGGAGCAACAGUGUCAUCAAGGACCGCUUGGAUGAGUUGUACGUCGAGGCCAAAGACAAACCGUCGAUCUACUACCAGCUCUUCGUCGACGACAACGGCCGAUCUCCUACGCCAAACGAACUCGGCACCAUCCUGGAUACUAUGGAAGAAUACGUCAACGCUACAAACCAUACCCUCGCGAACGAGAUUGACAACGUCAAGACACCGCACGUCGAUCUGCUCAGGAGCCAAAUUGGCUUUAGGAAGUACACAUAUACCAGCUCAGGAACAAAGGAAGACAACACAUACCAGGAGUCCCAGUCCGCCGCCAGGGUCAAGGAAACCACUCGCCUGAUCAAGGAAGUACGAGCGCGACUGAGAGGCUUACCACCUCAGCACCAAAACAAGCCAUUGAAGCAUCCACUCGUCCAAGUCGGAUAUUCAGCUCGCUCUCAGGCCCGCCUCAAGAAACACGCCAAUCACUCGUGCUCUCACCCCGCCAUGAACCUCGCCGAAGCAAUCGCUGCCAUGAACCAGUACAUCAUCUACAUCAGCCACACCGCGUCCCACGCCUCGCUUUCCGAGAUCGUAUUAACCCGUCUCGCGGAAGGCUACAUGGGCAACGGAGGAGGAUUCAGCCGCUACCCUGCGAGCCGAAGCGCCGAGUCUGCGCUCAAGACUUCGGAGCAGGAAUGGGACAAGUGUGCUCAGUAUGCGAUUGAGCGGUCGCCGCUGAGGAAGAACCUAAAGAGCGAUAUCGAGAGGUUGAAGAAGAAGCUCGCUGAUGCGCAGGGAAAGAAGCCGAGUCUGCUUAUGAAGUCCGCCAACCAUGCGUUGCUCGCGAGGCUAAGGGAAGUGAAUAAAAGGACAAAAGCUAGGCGGUCGGAAGGGGAUCCAGAGAUACACCAGAAGGCUGCCGACAUCAUUGCAGAGUUUCGUAAACGGCAUCCGAUCCCGGAGGACGAGGCAAGUGUCUGA